AUGGCAGCUACGGCUUCAGCGCCGCCUGCUCUCUCUCCAGGGCAGGCGACGCUCGAUCAUGACGAUAGUAACAUCUCCAGCCCUCUCAGCGAUGUCGAGGACAAGGAUGGCGAGGGCGAAUCGUUGGACGGCAUGCAGCUGGAUCACACUGGGGAAGAUCCCGACGAGGCGCUCGACUCCGACAGCAACCUGUCCGAGGCGAACGAUACCGAAGCAGAGACAGAGCGCCUCUACGACACCCCGCAGGCCCAGCGCCACAAGGACGUGGUCGUCAACCAGUUCAACGACGGCCAGGUCUUCGACCGCACACCAAGCAAGCUCCAAAAGACUUUUUCCAUUGACGCCAUCGACGAUGGUGACGACGAGAGUCUUUCCGACCGCGACGACGUGUCGAUGACUUCCAGCCACUUGGAUGAGGCCUCCCCCAGCAAGCCAAAGAAGUCCACCGAGCUCCCAUCUACCGAAGAUGAUUUCGAGAACGCUGAUUCGAAGAAGAGAAAGCGAUCACCGGUCGCGGAAUCUUCUGAGCCUGGCCAGCCCGCCAGGAAGCGCACCGGGUCGGUCGUGCCACAGGAGCAGGACCGGGACAAGAAUGACGUGGACAUGCACGAGGACGAUGUCCCCUCCACAAUUUCACAUACCGGCGAUCACUCCGCGACCGAGGACAAUGCCCCCGAACUCCCGCCCACUAAACGUGGUCUAUCGCGCGACGGUCACAGCCCGGUCAAGGACUCGCAGAUAACGAAAAAGAUAACUCGUAACGGCAGCAGGCGGAAGGGUCACGCCCUAGAGGCCCAUGAGCAUGAGGGUGACGAUGGCGACGGUCGGGACGACAGUCGCGGUGACGAAGACUCGGGACCUCAUGCCGACGACCACGUUGAACACGAGGGCGACGAUGACGCAGAAGCGUCAAAGAACGACGAAGAGCUUGAGAGGAAACGUGCGGCGGUCGAGGAAUGGACUGACCUAGAAGAGAAGUUUGUGGUCUUUCGUGAGCGGCUGUAUAAGGAUCGACUAGAGCGCCUCGAGCAAGAAGAACAGUCUCUGCAAGCCGAGCCACCGAGUCACCCUGAAUACUUGAACAUGAAGCAAUGUUUGGACGAAAGGCUAGACAAGAAGCUCCGAAACAUUGAGAAAGAAUACGAGCUGUCAGUCGAGGCCCUGGAGCGACUGGCAGUAGCGCGUCGGGCCCAAAUCUGGAAUCAGUUCUACCAGGGAGCUCGAGAGUCACGUUCUAAAAUGCUCGAACACCUUAACAAGGAAUGGUACGAGACACAGAACGCCAGGCGCAGUGCACACAGCGUACCCGACUACGGUCUUCUGUUCCCCGCCAACCCCACGCAACGCACGAGAAAUGCGGUCGCGUACAACUCGGAAGUUUCUUUCUUGGCCGGGCUCGCCAAGCACGAGGGAUUUCCCGCAGUGCCGCCCAUGCGAGGUGCGAAUGGGUCAGAGAUCGAAGACGAUCUGGAGGCCAUGAAGCGCACUUCAAAGUCGCGUCAGCGAUCGAUCAUGCAGCCAAUUGAGGACUACCAGGCGGUUGCCUUCGGGGGAAACCUUGGUCCUGCUGGUGAGCAGUUCAUCAAAGAUACCCCAUGGGCCAACCCGAACCAUAUUGCACAUAAGAUCGUCACGGCGCCCACAGCGCCUGGGGCCCAUGUGAAAAGCCCAGCAACGCAAGGAGGCAAAGCAGUGGCAGGCCCGUCCCACGCUCAGCCGAUACCGGCCAUCACAAACGGUCACGCAGCCGCGCACACAUCGCCGCAAAUGAACCGGUUUACUUCGGCGUCACCCGAGAUGGUCCGAACAGCCAACGUUUUGGCUCAAAGCGCCCAGAUGAAGCGUGCGGGGAGCCGCACAUCGAAAGCUGCGAAAGACACGGCUCCCAAACAAGAGCCAGCGUCGGCGAUGGCAAGUUAG